AUGUCCACCACUAACCUUACAAACCCAAAAACCUCUGCCACGCUCACAAUUAGGCUCAUUAAGAGUUUCGAAUUUAGGACAACAAAGAAUCUUAUCCUAAGGGGAGUGGAUUUGACAGCGACAACGGUUAAUCAACUUGUUGAGCUGUGUAAGCACGAGAUAGCCACACAGCCAAAAUACAAGCAAUUCAGAUCAACUCAGUUUGACUGCCUCAAAUUGUACACUCAAGCACACGGCCACAAAACAACUAAUCUCAUUAUAAACAUCGAUAAUCCUCAUUGGAUUAUUGACGACUGGAAUAAAUUCUUAUCUGAAAUUGAAAUUGAUGGUCAACAUAUUGAAAACGAGACUGAGUUAUCACUCUUCAACAGGCAGCUUUACGACUCGUUUAUUCUCAACCCAGAAACCAAGUGGGAGUAG